AUGGAUCCUCUCGAGGAGUCGCCAUGGGGCGAUUCGCAGCCCACAUCCGAGCCCUCGUCGCAACCGCCCUCCCAGAAUGAGCAGUCGACCUCGCAGACCUCGGCCAAGUCAGACGCACCCAGCACGGGCACGUCUGCCUCCCGUCCGUCACGCUCAGGACCUGUCCGCCGACUCGUCUCCGCCCAGCCCACCCGCCUCGAAGCUGUUGACGACCCCCUCGGUCCCCUGGGCCCUCUCGGCGCUCCCGCCGCCGGCGACAAUGGCGCUGACGCCGGUCAGGAUGCUCCGCCCGUCCCGCCGCAGAAGGAGCAGAUGGUGAUCCGCACGACGAUGCCGCCCCAGCAGGGCCGCCGCUCCGGCCCGGUCGACCCGCACAACAUCGACGACGACGAGGUCGACUACGACCGUCCCCCGGGCCCGAGGCAGCCGCCGCCCGUCCAGGCUGCGCAUCCUAGCCCCGUGCGGACGCAUACCCAGCCCAGCGUGAGCGUCGAGCAGGCUAGCAAACCGAGCUUCCAGAUCACCGUGGGAGACCCGCACAAGGUCGGCGACCUGACCAGCUCGCACAUUGUCUACUCUGUGCGGACCAAGAGUAUUGAGGCGGCCGAGCUCGCGCUAAUGAUGUCCCGACAGACCUCCUCCAAGGCCUACAAGCAGCCCGAGUUCGAGGUGAAGCGCAGAUACCGCGACUUCCUCUGGCUGUAUAACACGCUGCACGGCAACAACCCGGGUGUCGUUGUCCCCCCUCCACCAGAGAAGCAGGCCGUCGGCCGCUUUGAGAGUAACUUUGUCGAAGGGCGCCGGGCUGCCCUGGAGAAGAUGCUGAACAAGACGGCCGCCCACCCUACCUUGCAGCACGACGCGGACCUGAAGCUCUUCCUCGAGAGUGAGUCCUUCAACGUCGACGUCAAGCACAAGGAACGGAGGGACCCGAUUCCCGGCGAGAGCAAGGGUGUUCUCGGCAGUCUGGGUAUUAGUGUUGGCAGCAGUAACAAGUUUGUCGAGCAGGACGACUGGUUUCAUGAUCGCAAGGUUUACCUCGAUGCGCUCGAGAACCAGCUCAAGGCCCUGCUCAAGGCUAUGGAGACCAUGGUCGGCCAGCGUAAGAUGAUGGCCGAGGCUGCGGGCGACUUUUCGGCAUCUCUCCACGCUCUGUCUACGGUCGAGCUUUCGCCCUCUCUGUCAGGGCCUCUCGAUGCGCUCUCGGAGUUGCAGCUCACCAUCCGUGACGUCUACGACCGCCAAGCCCAGCAGGAUGUCUUGACCUUUGGCAUCAUUAUUGAGGAGUACAUCCGUCUCAUCGGGUCAGUCAAACAGGCCUUCAGCCAAAGACAAAAGGCCUUCCACUCGUGGCACUCUGCUGAGUCUGAGCUUCAGAAGAAGAAGAGCUCUCAGGACAAGCUCUUGCGGCAAGGCAAGAGUCAGCAGGACCGGCUGAACCAGGUCAGCGCCGAGGUCGGCGACGCGGAGCGGAAGGUCCACCAGGCCAGGCUCCUGUUCGAGGACAUGGGCCGCCUGAUGAGGGCGGAGCUGGACCGCUUCGAGCGGGAGAAGGUGGAGGACUUCAAGAGCGGAGUUGAGACUUUCUUGGAGAGCGCGGUUGAGGCACAAAAAGAGUUGAUUGAGAAGUGGGAGACUUUCCUGAUGCAGCUGGACGCCGAGGACGACGAGACCGUCUUCUACCGGCCACCCGUCAUCCAGUCCUCGAACAAGCCGCCCGGCGACACGGCCAUCGACCGUGCUCGCGCCACCAUCAACGACGACUCUGACUAG